AUGGCAGUCAUUCGUUCAGCAGUGUGGGUUCUAGUGUUCUCCUGCUUAACUCCAGCAUUUUUCACGGAAAAACUAAAUGACCCAAAAUGUAGACAAUAUUCCUCAGAUCUAGGUGGAAGCACGCUGCCUGGAGACACAAUGAUGGGCCUUAUCUUCCCUCUUCAUCUAGACAAGUCCUACCAACAGGUUUCCUUCACUGAGAAACCACCUAUGACUUGUUGCACCAUGUUUCAACUAGAAAAUUACCAGAUGCUUCAGACCACAGUAUUUGCUUUGGAGGAGAUCAACAACGACCCCUACAUUCUACCUAACAUGACUUUAGGGCUGCAAGUGUACGAUUCUUGUGACGCACCUCACUUGAACUUACAAGGAACGUUACAAGUGUUGACUGGUCUUGACUCCGCCAUUCCUAACUACAGAUGUCUUCUGGGGUCUCCACUUACUGUAGUUCUUGGAUCCGCUCACUCAACUCAUUCAAUAGCCAUGGCUCAUAUUCUUGGGCUCUCUAGACACCCACAGAUCAGCCAGUUUUCCACCAGUCCUCUUCUGAGCGAUCGGACAAAAUUCCCUUCCUUCUUCAGAAUCGUCCCAAGUGACACUUUCCAAUCUCAUGGGCUUGCACGUCUUGUAUUAUAUUUCGGGUGGUCUUGGGUGGGGCUUUUGGCUGCGGACAACGAAUAUGGCCAGUAUGGGAUUCAGCUGGUCAAACAAGAACUAAUGAAGGCCGGUGCUUGUGUAGAGUACAUUGAGAACAUUAUGAUGAGUCGCCCAGACCGCAACGCCCCCCACAUUAUGAACGUCAUUAGAAGAUCAACAUCCACAGUUGUGGUGGUUUUCUGUAAUGACGUAGAUUUGAUGCCUGUUUUGAACGAAUGGUUAAAACAAAAUGUCUCGAGGAAGAUCUUCAUUGCCAGUGACGCAUGGUCUACAACCAACAUCUUUUCUACCAAUGCAUUUUCAGAUCUCCUUUAUGGCACCAUUGGCUUUGCCUUUUCUAGUGGAAAACUUCCUGGGUUGAAGGAAUUUCUCAACAAGGUCCAACCUUCUGAAUCUUUUGGGGGAGAAUGGACAAAAACACUUUGGGAGAAUAUUUUUAACUGUACAUACGUUGCAUUUUCGCAACCACAGUCUGACCAUACACUUAAACCAUGCACAGGAACAGAAAACUUACACAACAUCCAGAACAGCUAUAAUGAUGUGUCCAGCUUAAGACCGUCAUUUAACGCUUACACUGCAGUGCAUGUGGUGGCAAACGCUUUAGAGGAUCUUAUAAGGUGUCAUCACGGGAGUGGUCGAUUUUCAAUGUCAAGUUGUGCAGAUAAACAGGAUUUAAUGCCUUGGCAGCUCUUAUACUACUUGAAGAGGGUGAAAUUCAGACUCAACAAUGGAAGAGAACUUUACUUUGAUGAGAAUGGAGAUCCACCUGCAGUGUAUGACAUUGUGAACUGGCAGCUGACUGCAGAAGGUACCUUAAGACAGGUUAAGAUCGGCAGCUAUGACACAAUGUCUUCCUCCAGAGAAAUGUUUACUAUUAACAAAAGCUCCAUACUGUCGGCCAUAGAAGAUCAUCAGGUCCUAAAAUGUAGUGAAAGUUGCGCCCGUGGUUUCAGGAAAGCCGCUAGUAGAGGACGACCCAUCUGCUGCUAUGAAUGUGUCCCUUGUGCUCCUGGAGAGAUCUCCAAUGAAACAGAUUCUGUUACUUGCUUCAUGUGUCCAUGGGAUGAAUGGCCGAAUCCAGAAAAAUCUGAAUGUCUUCCGAAAACCAUAGAAUUUCUUUCAUAUGAAGACCCACUGGGAGCCACACUUACUGCCAUCAGCCUUUGGUCCUUCUUAGUACCCAUUGCCAUUAUGAAGUUGUUUAUGGAGCACAGAAACACCCCUUUAGUCAAGGCUAAUAAUUACUAUAUCAGCUGUCUUCUCCUGAUAUCACUAUCACUGUGCUUCCUUUGUCCUCUGAUGUUCAUUGGUUACCCUAAGCCUGAGACAUGUCUCCUCAGACAGGUGGCAUUUGGGAUGACUUUUGCUCUUUGCAUUUCUUGUGUUCUGGUCAAAACCAUCGCUGUGGUUUUUGCUUUUAUGGCCACUAAGCCACAUUUGUGGAAAUGGAGCAAUCCCAUGGUCUCAUAUGUGGUGAUACUGUGUUGUUCCUUUUUGCAACUUACUUUGUGUCUUUUUUGGCUGUCUCUUACUCCCCCAUUCCCCCAAAAGAACAUAUUCUCUAAGCCAGGAAUCAUCAUUGUAGAAUGUAAUGAGGGAUCACCAAUUACUUUUUGGACUAUGUUGGGUUAUCUCUUUCUUCUGGCCACCAUAAGUUUCAUUGUGGCCUUCCUGGCCCGAAGACUUCCCGACCGCUUCAAUGAAGCCCAAUAUAUUACAUUCAGCAUGUUGGCUUUCCUCAGUGUCUGGAUAUCUUAUAUCCCGGCCUCCCUCAGUGCCCAGGGCAGGUACACAGUGGCCAUGGAGAUCUUUGCCAUCUUGGCCUCCAGUUGGGCUUUGAUCAUCUGCAUGUUUUUUCCAAAAUGUUUUCUCAUAUUGUUCAGACCCAAAAUGAAUUCCAGAAAAUAUUUAGUAAGAAGUUCUAUUCUAAAAAAAUAA